UUUGAUAAGUUUUUAACUUUUGAUCCACAGAAAUCGGUGCGUUAUCGUAGGAUCUGCAUAUCGUAGGAUCAUAGUACCAAAAUAACAAAUAAAAAGUAUACAAGCAAACAAAAAUAUAUCACCCGGUGCGGAGCACGGGUUACUAUCUAGUUUCUACAGAAUAGUAAAGACAAUUUACGGAAUCCUGAUACCUAUAGAACCCCUGAGAAAAAGAAAAACUACAACUGCCCUUUACGAGCUCUGCGAGAAGCUAGAGAGUUUUACCGCCAAAAACUUGGAAAGACUUUCCGGAAUCUGCAUCCACAAUGACACGGUGUACUCGCCCCACAACGGGAUUGCUGACUCACCCAUCGUUCUUCUUCUUCUUCCUCUUCCUUUUCUUCGCUAUUUAUCUCAUGAAGAAUAUUUCCCUAAGUCCCCUUCACCUUCUUCUUUCCAUAUUUCAUCUCUCUAUAAAUAUCUAUGCUAGGGUUCCAAUUGGUGCAAACUUUCUCUAUAAAUAUCUAUGCUUGGGUUCCAAUUGAUGCCAACAAAAUUUUAAGCAGGCACCGGCGAUAGUAAUUCUACAUCCUUCAUAAAAGAAAAUCAAAGGUAGUUCUUUCACUGUUCUUAAUUUCUCUAUUCUGUUCUGUUUCAAUCGAACUUUAAGUUUUAUUACUUUUCUAGGGUUUUUUACUUUUAUACUUUACUGUUUGAUUAGAUAUCAGUGAUCUUCAAUGGAGAAUCUGAAAGGAGGGAGUAAUUUCAUGUCUGAAGAAUAUGAUUACGAGGAGGAUAAUACUGACGCUGGUUUGGGUUCAGAUGAUGAUAUUAAUUUGUCAGAAAUUGGGGAAGAAUUGUGUCAAGUAGGAAACCUGUGUUGUAGUAUUCCUAUUGAGUUAUAUGAGCUUGAAGAUUUAACUCAAAUUCUUUCGCUUGAAACAUGGAACAAUUGUUUAACGGAGGAGGAGCGUUUUGGUCUUGCUGAAUACCUUCCUGCUGUAGACCAGGACGCAUUUACGUGUAUUAUGGAGGAGCUGUUUAAUGGUAACAAUUUCAAUUUUGGAAGCCCUUUGAUGAAGUUUUUCAAUAUGUUGAAGGGAGGAUUAUGUGAACCGAGUGUUGCACUUUAUAACCAGAAUUUGAAUAUCUUGAUGAAAAACAAACAUUACCACACACUUAAGAAUUAUCAGAACUCUAUGGUGUCUAGGCUUACGCACGCGAAGAAUGCAUGGAAGAAGAACUGCAACGGGUGUGGCGUUGAUGAGAGGUUUCGUGUAUUGAAUUCGACUAACCCUCCAAGGAGUUUGAUGUUUGAAAGUAUGGAACAUUCAGGGUCGGAGAAUGAUUCUUUACGGAGAGAUGAAUUUGAUGAUGACUUGUGGGCUAAUAGCAUGAAAAGUUGUGGGGGUAAUCCUGCUUUGUAUAGGAAAAAUUGUGGGAAAGGGGUCUUAAAAUAUACUGGAUCCAAGGUCCCUUUAGUGAAAGAAUAUGGUUUACCUUUACAUUCUGUUGCUAGGAGCCCGUCAUCCCAACAUCAUGCCAAAAAGGCCACCAUUAUCCGAUUCUCUCGUCUGCCUCCAGUUGAAGAUCGUAUUAUAAGUGCAAAAAAUAGAUCUCAUCAGCCGAGAAAAGGUGAUGGCUGGGGUAUUAGAAACAAGAAAUGGAAGAUGGGGGAGGAGUUCCAGAGUGGUGGCAUAAACAAUACUGGUUCAAAAGUUAAGCCACACAGCAGUUAUUCUCCUCAAGGGAAUGACAGGGUGGUUUCUUCCUAUUUUAGGGACAGUACGUCACAAAAGAAGAUGAAAAGGGGAUUCGUUAAUAAAGGAGGAGACUACAUGCAAAAACGGAGAGGCAUGGUUACGCUCACUGAUAGCUCCGAAACAGAAUCAGAGUCAUCGGAUCAGGAUGGUAUAGAGGAGGAUAUUAAUAAUUCGACAAGGACCUCAAGUUUUUCACGUGAUGCAUUCGCAGGUUGUCAUUCUUCUCUGGUGAAGUCAAUGCCAGAUCCUAUGGAGGCUAACUUGUAUAAAAAGCGUAAUUUUAACGAGACUAAGCAUCCAUCUAAAAUUUUCAAUGUUGGAAAGCACAAGGGUAAGAAGAGGGAUUCUCGUUACUUGGACAGCAUUCCUACCAAUAUGGUAGAGAAUGGUCAUAUGCUGCUUGACUAUGGUGAAAAGUGGCAGCCUCCAGCAAAGAGAAAAGCGAGAGAAAGAUUUGAUUGUGACCAUUAUGUCCUUCAGUCUAAUACCAUGCACAAUUAUAGCGAUGAAGAAAAUGAGUUGCACGUAACACCUAAAUUAGCAGAUGAUCAUUUCGUGGUUGAUAGAUUUGGGAAGAAAGAUCAUGAAAUGCCGAAGAUGCCGUUGUUUGGGUGCAACUCAUUGACAAAGAAUAUGAAACGGAGGGAAAGGAGAGUGAAGGUUGAUUUUGAUUCUUUGACCAAAUCAGGGACAUCUGAAUCAUUUGUUGUAGAGAGUGAAAGGGUCGACGCUGAGCUAGAAACAUCACCAAUGAAGUCUUACACUUUGAUAACACCCUCAAUUCAAACUGAUUUCUCAUUCUCAGUUAUACAUCUACUUUCGUCUGUUCGUGUGGCAAUGCUUACUCCACUAGAAGAAGAUUUCUCAGAGAUUGGCAGACAUAUGGAGAAGAGCUGUGAGAACAUGGGUGCAUGUACUCCUACACGACCUGGUAAAAGAUUGCCUUUUCUCACUGCUCAAGAAAUCAUCAACCGUGUGAGACUUAACCCUGGAGACCCUUGUAUUCUUGAAACACAAGAACCACUUCAAGAUUUAGUUAGGGGAGUGCUGAAAAUAUUUUCAUCUAGAACAGCACCAUUAGGAGCGGAAGCUUGGAAGGCGCUAGUGUCAUUUGAAAACUCUAGGAAAGUUUGGUCGUGGAUUGGUCCCAGGCGGUCGGAUUGUAACACUGUUAUAGAGGAGACAUCGUCUAUGGCUUGGGGUCUCCCACACAAGAUGCUUGUGAAAUUAGUCGAUUCCUUUGCUGAUUGGCUGAAAAAAGAGCAAGAGGCCCUUCAGAAAAUAGGCAGCCUUCCACCACCACCUUUGAUGUAUAUGAAACCCAAUGCAGACGAGAAGGAGAGGUGUAAGGACCUAGGAGCUGUUAGGAAUGUUAUCACCAUUAGCCCAAGUUCUGAAGAAGCGAAGGCACAUUUCCGUAAGGAGGAAUAUGUUAGGUAUUUAGUGCCCUACAGAGCCUUUUCAUACACAGCCGCCGAUGGUACUAAAUCUGCAGUUGCUCCUGUGAGUAGGUUUGGUGGUAAAAUGACAUCAAAAGUUCGGGAACAUUUUAUGCUUAAACCUGAUCGGCCACCAUGUUUUACAGUCCUUCGUGUUGUGAGAGAUGCAGCUUCUAGAUUGCCUGGUGGUAUUGGCACCAGGGCAGAUGUUUGUGCUUUAAUUAGAGAUUCACAGUAUAUUGUGGAACAUGUUUCUGAUUUUGAACUAAAUCAAGUUACUAGUGGAGCCCUUGACCGUCUGCAUUACGAACUCGAUCCUUGUGUUCGGUAUCGUAGUGAUAGAAAGUUGUGGGUUUAUUUACACAAAGAUCGAGAUGCAGAAGAAUUUGUGGAUGACGGUACCUCGUCUACAAAGACUUGUAAGAAACCAAGAAAACCCCUUUCAGAGGAAAGGGAACGAAGAACAAAUGAAGGAGAUGAUGGGUCUAUGUCUAUGUCGAAUUGGGUGGAAUAUAGAUAG